AUCAACCGGUCAGUGUAAAUAAACACGAGAAGAGACAGACAAAAGUAGUAAACUGUGUAAAUAAUACGUUUUUUAGUUCAUGUAACUAUAAAAGUGUUUGAAUUACGUCGUUAUAAUUAAUUAAAAGUACGCCUGGCAUACUGUCGCGGUAGAUCCUGAGACAAAGCCAUACUGAAAUCAUCUUGCUACAGUUAAUAUAUAUAAAAUGGAGGAGCUACACGUUCAUUGCCAGAAUUGUGUGAACAGAAGGUGCAUGGUAAGACUAGAGACUGGGGUUUCGUGUGAUCUCAUGGGCUGUCCUCUUGUGUGUGGGGCAGUUUUCCACUCGUGCAAAGCAGAUGAGCACCGUUUACUAUGUCCAUAUGAAAGAGUGCCUUGCCUAAACAGUGGUUUUGGAUGCCCCUUCACUAUUGCCCGAAUGAAAAUGGCACAGCACCUGGAAAUAUGUCCAGCCAGUGUUGUGUGCUGCACCAUGGAAUGGAAUCGAUGGCCUGUGAGCUAUGCUGAUCGUAAAUCCUAUGAAAACUUGAGUAAGGAAGUUUAUGAUGUAGAACAACUAGACAUGGCGUUGGCCCUACAGGAUCAGCGUAUGUUACUUGAGUCUCUUAAAGUGACCACCACUGUGACAAAAACUGUGAAUGAACAAAAUGAGGAAAAUGAAAGACUAAACUCUAGUAUUGAAGAAGCAGACUUGAAAAAUGGACUAAUUGAAAUGGGUGGGGAGACAUAUGAUGAACUUUACAAGGCAUCCGUGGAAACCAGCAGAAAUUUAGCAGCAGCUUUGGACAUUCUCAGCAGCGCAAACAAAGGUAUUGACUUGAUCAUGGAAAACCUCAGUGGUAAAAAUGCAGAUAAAAAUGUGGCUUGUCACAGCGGUAUCAAUGGGGAUCAUUGUUCGAAAGAAAAUAAUAUGGAGCUAAUGAUGGAAGUUGAUACAGACUCAGAGUGUGAGUUGGGAGCUGUAGGUGGAGUAGACUGUGCUUUUCCAGUAGAUUUUGAUGAAGAGGAGAGUGAAUGGAGAGAGCAAAGUGCACUUGAUGAGCCUUUUGAUGAAGAAGAGGAAAUAGAUGUCAACGUGAGUGUUGAUGGACAUGGAUUUUUAAAUGGAGAGGAUCAUCAGAAUCAUGUUAGACUUGAAAUGAACAUGGCAAGACCUGUGGAAAGCUUCAGCAACUUUGCAGAUGUUAGGCCAAUGAUGCCUUAUCAUUCCAUGCCUGUUGUAGCACGGCAACCAGAAAUGGCCCAUUCACCCCAGUUCCUGCUACCUCCACCCAUACUUUUGCCUGAUUUAGUACAGAACAAUGUUUUACACCAACUACCUGUUGAAAUUGAGGACCGGUGGUUGGAGCGCAAGUUGCAGAACCUUCAAGUGCUUAGAGGUAUGAGUCUGUUUACAUGUAACGGACGGAAGACUCUUCUGUCCAGUCCAUAUUUGUUUCGAGCUAAGAUGGAAGAUAAGGCAGUGGACACUUCUGACCUAGAGGUUGUGGAUGAUCCAAUAGGCCUUCAUGGUAUUGACCUGAUCACUGCCGCUUUGCUCUUUUGCCUCGGUGAUUCCCCGGGAGGUAGAGGCAUUUCAGACAGCCGUUUUGUGGAUGGGUAUCGAAUUGACUUUGGCACACAGACAUUUUCCUUUCCCUCUGCUAUAUUGGCCACCAACACCAUGGUGGGUGACAUCGCCUCAGCAUCUGCCUGUGAUCAUGCCAGCCCUCAGCUGUCCAACCCCAGUCCAUUCCACACACUCAGACUGGACCUGGUGCUGGAGUGUGUUGCUCGUUACCAAACCAAGCAGCGCUCUAUGUUCACCUUUGUGUGUGGGCAACUGUUUCGCAGGGAUGAGUUCUCCUCCCAUUUUAAAAAUGUCCAUGGAGACAUCCAUGCUGGGCUCAAUGGCUGGAUGGAGCACAGGUGCCCUUUGGCAUUCUAUGGUUGCACCUACUCCCAGAGGAGGUUCUGUCCCUCUGUGCAAGGCUCGAGAAUUAUUCAUGACCGUUACCUGGGUUCGUUUGGCGUGCAGUCUGGGUUAGCUGAACAUCCAGGUAAAGUCCAGUGCCACAGUCGCUCCCACUGUGAACACCUCACCAGCUUACCCUUUGAGCUACUGCAGCAUAUUGCAAGCUUUUUGGAUGGUUUUAGUCUGUGCCAGCUGUCCCGAGUGUCUCGUACUAUGAGGGAUGUUUGUGCUAGUCUGCUAAAAUCACGUGGUAUGGUGGUCUUACUUUGGGCGAAGACAAGACGUGCAGAUGGAGCUUUCUCAUGGCAGAUUCAUGACAAGGUGUGGAGAUUUAGCACAGCCUUCGGGACAGUGAACGAGUGGAAAUUUGCCAACAUUUCCAGUAUGGCUGACCACCUAAAGAAGUGCAAGUUCAACACCGUGGCCCGUCGAGAGGAGGCCGUCCCUCUACCAUGCAUGAGUCACACCAGAGAACUGACGAAAGACGGGCGCUCAGUGUGCUCCAUACUAAGGCCAGUCUUAUAGGCUGAGUUUAAAAGAAAAGAAUUGUUUUGCUGUAAUGGAUUUCAGUGUGACAGAUGAGUGUGAAGUUUUCAUUUAACAGUACUGGGGUUGUUGUUUUUUACUGUGUAGUAUCAUAGGAAUUAAAUUAAGUAGAGCCUUAAUGUAAAUACAUGCUUAUCUACAUUCAUUUUCUAAUAAAACAUGCUGGGUUUUAUUAUUAUUUUUUAUUCAUUUGUACAGAUGGACAAAACGCAUAUUUUGAGAUCUACUUUAAUGCAUCAUUGCUUACAGGCACAUCCCCUUAGGACAGAAACACCGUGCAAAGACAAAUAGUGAUCAGAAAUAAUUUAUGUAGGAAUGUAAUAAUGUUAAAUUACCAUUAAUUUUCAGCACUUUUGUGACUACAGUCAGUUUAACAAAACAUUUUGAACAGGUUUUGGUUUUUAGAUAAACAAUAUGUAGCACUUUUUACUAAAGAACUUUGACGUUUACUUUUCAAAAUUUAAUUGAAUGUCACUAAAGUCGUCACUGUCAUAAAUGUAUACUAAUGUUUUGCCUAAAGUAGUGUGUAUACACUGCCAGUGCACUUUAUUAGAAACACCUUCACAUUCAUGCAGUUAUCCAAUAAGCAAAACUGGUAGCAGAAGCAGAGUGCAUACGAUCACCGUGAUCAUUUCUUUUGCACCAUUCUGUGACAACUCUAGAGACUGUGUGCUUAAAAAAAAAUCAGAAGAUCUGACAUAUUGAAAUACUUAGACUGGCCCAUCUGGCACCAACAACCACGCCAUGGUCAAAGUUACUGAUCACGUGUCGUGGUUUUUUUUUUAAAUGUUUGAUAUGAGCAUGAACUGAAUCUCUUGACUUGUAUCUGCAUAAUUUUAUGCAUUGCACUGCUGCCACACAGUUGGCUAAUCAGGGGUAAGUUUCCCGAUAAUGUUGCCCUUUCAGGCUAAAGAGCGAGUUGAGAGACGCUCUGAUGCAAUGAACGUUGUGUCUGUACGUGGUUUUCCUGAACUCCUCAGAAGCAGUCUGAAGAGCAGCAUUAUGAAGAGCUUCUUUGCAAUGCACGUCCCCGAUAUAGGCAUUAGUAGUUGCUAACUCCAGUUAACGAGGUCACAUGUUUGUUUGUUUUUUUUUUACCAAAAAAGCAAUGAAAUAUAGUGUUGAAAAUGUCAAUAUACUGUAUUAAGCAUUAAGCAUUACGUAUAUAAUGUGUUAAUUAAUAAUUGAAACUAUUUUACAUUUUUUGGGCGUUUUUUAAAAAAAAUUCCAAGCGUGUUUUUAAAUGAAUAAAGUUCACACGAAAGAAUGAGCAAAUAAUAAACUAAAUAAUUAAGUACGUGUUCCCCGUACCCACUCAUUUAAUUGUUACUCCCCGGUCAUGCAAUCGGGAUUAUUUCAACUCGUAUCCACAAUGCCACGUUGGCAAUGUUCUCCCUUAUAUGUGUGUGUGUGCAGAGAGAGAGAGAGGUUUUGAUCUGUGUCUGCCUAAGAGAAUAUACAUACAAGUGGUCAAUUCAACCUCCUUAGGUAGAGACAGAUCAAAACCGCUCUCUCUCGUGUGCACACGUGUUACAGGUGCAGAAAUGUCUCAUUCAUGAAACUAAAUGAGGUAAUCACUCGCCUAAUGGAGUUAAAUUUGAUGAAAAUGUAGCAAUAUCAAUGUGACAUUAUGUCCAUAUGUUAUUCCUUAAUAUAUUCACAAUGUUUUGCGUAUAUUUAUUUAAUACUUCACUCCAUGUACUUGCACUGUACAAGAAAAAUAAUUGAACAGAUUCAAGACCAGGUUCCCCUGUUGACUGUGAGAGUUCCUCAGAGGCGCAUGUGCAUUUUGUGUAUUCAGCUGUGAGCGAGUCGCUCUUUGUUGUGAACGAGUGGUCCGGGUCUCUCGUAAAUUCAGAGCAAACUAAAGAACUACUUUGGCUACGAUGUUGUUCGGGAAAACCACGUUAGCUUGACGAUGGAUCUUAGGAGGUAAUUAAAGACACUCGGGCUUAAGAUGCUUUCGGGAAACCCACCCCAGAUCAUUUCAGGACUGUGCGUGUGUACAGGUGUUCUUAUUAAAGUGGCUGGUGAGUGUCUGUGCAUUUGGAUCCUGUUGGACAACUGUAUUUCUUUCCUGUUUUCUUCUUGACAAAAUGAGCUGUAAUGAAAACCUGCUGGACAGGUCUCAAAUGUCAGCAAAAAGGUUCAUUUGUUGGACAAAUCACUAAACACGUGAACAGAAUAUAUCCGAGUUUCUCUAAUGUCUCUCAGGGUUCUAAUGCUGAAAAGAGGAAUAAGAGUUGAACAGCUUAAAGAAAGGAAACCUGAUGUGUCAACUAUAUUUACAUAUUUAAUGUCCAGUGUAUAAGGCAAGAAAGACUUUAAGAUUACUGGGGUAUCAGUAAAAAAAAUCAGUAUAAAGAGCAGAAUAAGAAAACUGGUAUAUUUUGGUAGAAAGAAUGUUUUCACUUGACCGGUUUUGAUUUGAGGAGGCUGAUAACAUCAGUCUGAGGAAUUAGUUAUUGAACAGUUAAAGUUAAUGAACCAUUAUUAUGCAGUUAAACAUUGAAACAUUUUGGUUGAUGUCCUGACUUAGCCUGUUUUAAAUGAAACAGUUGAAGUGUACACACUUUGUAGCAUGAAAUUAGCACACAAUUGUGAAUUAAAACAACUUAAAACAAUCAUUCAAAUCGGUUGCCGAUAGAUUUGCAUGGGUUAGCGGUUUUGUCUUAAAUUUUGAGUACUGAAUACUUUUGGUAUGGACAAACAUUUUAUAGCAUUAUAUUUAACAUUGAUGUUAGAAACUGAUAACAAAUUGUCUGCACUUUUAUGGAGAUCAUAUGAUCAUUUCUGACUUCUUAUGCAUGUGAUGCUUAUUGGUGGAAUAUCAAACUUUUGUCUACCCUUAAACAGUUUAUAUUUUUGUGUAUCA